ACCUCUGGACUGUUCCAUGCUCUUGUUGUUAAUGUCACACAUUUUGAUAUGCAUAGAUUAACUCGUCUUACCCAAGUUAUUGUAUCUGAGGCCAGAAGAACAAUGUUCACAGCAGCAGUUUGUACAGAGAUCUGCAAACCUUUAGAAAUCAAUCAGAAGAAAGACCAUGGGUUAUCUCCUUUUGAUGAUGAGGUGUUGCUUUCUGUAAAAUACUGUGGUAUUAAUUUUGCUGAUAUUCUGGUGUGUCAAGGAAAAUAUCAGUCCAGUAUGCCAGUACCAUUUACUCCAGGAACUGAAGUGACUGGUAUUGUUCAAGAGGUUGGAAAAAAUGUAAAAACACUUAAGAAGGGUGAUAAAGUGGUUUCAUUAAUUAUGUCAGGUGGAUUUUCUACACAUGUCAUUGCACCAGAAAUUUUUACAUGGAAACUACCAUCUUCAGUAGAUCUGAGGGCAGGGGCAGGCCUGGUAGUGAAUUAUGGUACAGCAUACUUAGCUCUUACCAGGAAAGCAAAUUUACAACAAGGAGAAUCAGUUUUAGUAACAGCAGCAGCUGGUGGAACUGGUUUAGCUGCAGUAGAAAUAGCCAGUAAAGUUUUCAAAUCAAAGCAUGUUAUAGCUGCCUGUGGAGGCCCAGAGAAGGGAAAUAUUGCCAAGUCUAAAGGUGCUACAGAUGUUAUAGACUAUAAACAGGAGAAGUUACGGAACAGGAUUAAAGAUAUCACAGGUGGAGAUGGUGUUGAUGUUGUUUUUGAUCCUGUAGGGGGUGAUAUGUUUCUAGACUGUGUCAAAAGUAUGGCUAGAGAAGGGAGAAUUCUUACUAUAGGAUAUGCCUCAGGAAAAAUACCCAGUAUUCCUGCCAACCUGCUUCUGUUGAAAUCUGGAUCAGCCAUGGGUUUAUUCUGGGGUGAAUAUAGAAUUAUGAACACACCAGUUUUCCUGAAAUCAGUAGAAGAUGUUUUAGAACAGACAAGACAAGGAAAUAUAACACCACACAUUGGAAAAGAAUUUCCACUUAAUAAGAUUAAUGAAGCCUUCCAGUAUGUAAUGGGACGAGGAUCAACAGGAAAAGUUGUCAUUAGUAUGGACAGACAAGAAUCUAAUUUAUAACACACAUUAUUAGUAGUGAGGAAAGUUUGACCUGUUAUGUCCUUGGUGGCAAAUCUUUAAAGUAUAAUUUUGUCAUGAAUAUGCAUGUGAUAUUUGCCACUGGACCUUUAGCAACCAAAAAUCAAUCAAGUAAUCAAAGUAUAACACAGUAAACAGAAUCUACGCUAAAUCAUGCAUAUCCUUACAAAUGAAUAAUUAAAGAUAACGUCCAAUCAUACCAUUUAUUGAAAUCACCUUCAGACUUUUUACUUCGUCUUGUCUUAUGAAUUUUCAGCUUUUUUAUAUAACGAAAUAGCAUGAAAUUUUCUUUAAACAAGUAAUACUAGGAUUAUCAUUAAUCAGAAGUUUUUUUUAUGGGUAACAAAAUAUUACAAAUUACUUUUGUUAAAAAGUUUGAGUAAAAAAUUGUACCAUCUUCAUCACAGCAUGUAAAAUAAUCAAAUCAACUUAUUAUCAAGGGGCAUACCCGUAGCCAGGGGGGUUUGGAGGGGUUCACUUUAAAGUCAACGUUCUGUUCAAAUUAAGACUCUCUGUUAAGGUCAAGGAACAGUAAAUGGGCUAUGUCGCAGAUUUUGCUAAAAAUUUGCAUACAACUUUGGCUCGUUGAACUA